AACGCGACGACGGACUACCAGAAGAUACAAAAUGACAUCCCGGCAGCGGUGGAGACGCGGCAACGGCCGGGUGCACAUUUGUCGGAGGACAAGCUCGGGAAGAAAGGAUUUGCCCAAUUAACCAAGGAGAACACGGCAUACAAGUUUAUCUGGUCUGUUCUUGUGCAACAGGACCAGGCUGAGGCGAAGAGCAAUAUGGAAACACGGCUGGAUCUCAUUCGCAGCAAAAUCAAACGCAUCGAAGCCCGGUUAAAGGACCUCGAUGAGCAGUCCGAGAAGAAGGCUGAGGUGAGCGGCACAGCUACUUUCUCUCCCGUUUGA